CUCUUUCUUCUACCUCGCGACGACAGGGGCAUUUUUGAGCAAGAACUGGAUCGGGUGUUUCCGCUGCUGUCAAAGAGAGAGGGGCAGGUCGGGCACGACGUGGUGAGCGAUGGGUACGUCAGGCACGGCGGGCAUGUCUUCUACGACCUCGUCGGUGGCCGCCAAUGUUGAUGGCAUCAGGAUAGUUCAGUUUCAAUCGGAGUUCUACAUCCCCGAUCUGACAUUCUGUGGCCUUGAGGUUCGGUCGUCGCGACGCUGCCCUGGGCACGGGCUAAUUCCUGCUCGUCGCGUCGCGUGGGGAGGAGCAAGUUCCGGCAGAAGGUUUCUCGGCUGCCCUCUUGAUCUUCCUGAUGAAUGUGACUGGGUUGUCUGGAUUGACCCGCCAUCGACCGAACGUGUUGGUCGUGCAUUUGAGGAGCUUCAUGCAGGAUUGGAGAAGAGCUGACUAAAAGCUCAUUAUUUAGAGAGGAGGGUGAUGUAUCUAACCGAGAAGAACAAGAAACUGAAGUUGAAGAUGAAGAAGAGGAACGAGGUUAUGCAAGCCUGGGGAUUUAUCAUAGUUCUUGGUAUUAGCAUGUUGGCCACAUUUGUUUCUGGGUGGUCUAAUAAUCCAUACUAAAUGGAUUUCUGUUUGUAGUGUAUGCUUUGAUGGAUCUUAGUUUGGGAAUGUAUUAUCCCAGAACAAUGUUGUGAUUUUGGGAAUGAUGUGAUAUUUCUAUUUGGAAAUGAUUGAAGA